AUGCCGCUGUCCGGAGGCGGCGUCACCGCCUCGGUGCGUCCCGACGAGGGGCGGCACCACCGCGAGUCGACGGCUUCGGUGCGUCUCAAGGCGCAGCGCCUGCGCCGCGCGUUGGACACGGACCGCCUGGAGGACGCCGUGAAGAUCGCGGCCGACGUGGCCGCGGAGCUGCGCUCGUCCGCGGCUGCAGAGCUCUCGCCAAAGGCCUACUACGACGUCUACCUCUCCGUCUGCGCGGAGCUACGCCUCCUCGAGAUGUACGUCAUGGAGAGCGCGCGCCGCGGCGCCCCUGUCCGCGAGCUGUACGAGCGCGUCCAGGAGACCCCGCUCGUACUUCCCAGGCUCUACUUGCUCGUCACCGCGGGGAGCGUGUAUGUGAAGAGCAUGCAGGCUCCCCCGAAGGACGUGCUGCGCGACUUGGUUGAGAUGUGCGCCGGCGUGCAGCACCCGCAGCGCGGUCUGUUUUUGCGGGCCUACUUGUCGCAGAUGAUGAAGGACAAGCUCCCGCAUGCCGCUGCCGUUGAAAAUGGCGAAGAAGACGCUGCGAAGGAGACGGGCGCCGUGGCGGGGGGCACUGUGCAGGAUAGCAUCGACUUUGUCCUCCGCAAUUUUACAGAGAUGAACCGCCUGUGGGUGCGCAUGCAACACGACUGCUCUCCGCGUGAGAUGGAGCUCCGGGAGAAGGAGAGGCUGGAGCUGCGGCUGCUGGUGGGGAGCAACAUCGCCACGCUCAGCCGGUUGGUCGGCUCCGAUCUGGCCCUGUAUCGCGGGAAGGUUCUGCACGCUAUUCUCGACCAGAUCGUCAGUUGCAACGACGCGAUCGCGCAGGAGUAUCUGGCGGACUGCGUAGCCCAGGUGUUUCCGGACGAGUUCCAACUGGCCACGCUGGACGCGUUCAUGCAGAUGUGCGGCAAGCUGAAGAAGGGCGUCAAGAUGCGCACCAUCCUCGUCUCCAUCAUCGACCGCUUGCGCAGGUUCUCGGCGAGCUCGGCCGACGCCGCCAACACGGCGAGGGACGCCCAUGCGUUCGACGUCUUCCGAUCCGAAAUGCCGGGCGUCAUGAGGCGACAGGGCACUAGUCUGCCGCUAACGGACAGGCUGCGCAUUUACUCGUCGCUCAUGUCGUUUGCGCUCGAGUCGGAGCCCGAGCGCUUUGAGCAUGUCGACAAUGUGCUUGGCUUCUGCGUCGCGGAUAUGGACAAGUUUCUGGGCGGGGAGCAUCCGAAGAAAGACGGCAUUUCUCCGCGCACAGCUGUGAGAUUGUCGUCGGCAUCGGAAGGGAAGGACAGGAGCUACUCGGCGCUCAGCGCGGAGGAUGAGAGGCUUGCCGUCAACGUGUUGACGAUGCUGUUGGAGGCGUUUGGCAGUGUCGGGUCAGUACUGCAGCUUGAAAACUAUGUCGUGCUGCAGCGGUUUCUCAGUUACGACAAGCAACGAGCGCUCGCGGCGCAGUUGUUGAUGUCGGCAAAGGGGUACACUCCCUGUAUUGAGGACGAAGGAACGCUCGAGAAGCUGUUCAAGUAUGUGGCUCCCCUGGUGCAGGAUCGGCGCGUGGAUGAGAGAGGGAUGUCGGAAAAGGAAGGUGUGGAGUUUGAGCGGUUUGACGUGACGUCGUUGACGCAUCAUCACGAGUACUUGCUCGCAUUGAUUCCGCAGAGCCACAUGAGCGCAGUUCCGGGCGGCAAGCCUGAGGGCGGCGGAACAGCGGCAGCGGACGACGUGCAGGUGUCGGAAAGGUAUACAAUAGAGGAAAUGGCAACGUUCCAAGAAGAUCAAGAACUUGUGGCGAAGAUCGUGUAUUUGUGUGACGACACGGAUGUAGAAAGGGCUCUUUCGUUGUAUGCGUCGCUGCGGCAAGAACUGCUGCACGGUGGACCGAGGCGAGUACCGAUCACACUACCGUCGUUGAUUCUGGCGUCGCUGCGGCUGGCGUUGCGGUGCCAAGCGGAGGAGAAGGUGGAGGUGGUGGAGGACGUGCUAGGGUUUGCCGGGGAAUGCGUGAGCCUCAUCCCAGACUCGCACGCGCUCCUCGCGCUGCGGCUGCAACUGCACGUGGCGGCGACAGGGGCGUCGCUCGGCAAGCACGCGUGGCGUUUUGUGUACGACAAUCUAUCCGAGGCGUUCGUGCUCUUCGAGCAGCACAUCACGGCCGCGCGUGAGCAGCACACGGCGCUAGAGCUGAUGAUCGUGUCGCUCGGACAGACGCAGCGGUCGCUGGACGGGGAGGCGUUCGCGGCGCUCUCACGGCGGGCCGUCAAGCACGCGACGCAGGCGCUGACGCGCAGCGACCAGUGCGUGCUGCUGUGCCUCUGCGCGCAGCUGUUCGACGUAGAGCACGCGGGGCUCGCGCGGGAGUGUGUGGACCGCGCGCGGCGGGCGGCCGUGGCGUGCAUGAACGCCGCGGAGCGCGUGCUGCUGCUGCUCGACGUGAGCAGGACGGCCGUCGCCGUGCAUGAGGCCGGGGUGUGCGACGUGACGGAGGAGAAUCGGCUGGCGGACACGCUCGGCAAGAUCAGAGACAUCCUCGCCGGCAGGGCGGCCAAGAGCUCGCCGCUCGGUAAGCUCGCCGCCGCGAGGUACCAGAGGCUGGUCAGACAUCUGAAAAGCUGCUCUAAAGUUUUCGAGGGGCUGGACUACUCGCGGCUGUGAUGGUGAGGGGGCGACGGGGGGCGACGGUGUUAAUUACGUAGGGAGGGACUUUGUAGCUGUGCCCAGGGUAGUAGCUGUAGGUCAUGUAAGCAGGACGAGAUGAUAUCUCAAAGUGGCGUAUUGGCCACCAACAAAAAUAUCUGCCGAAGCGGUGCGUUGACCGACCAAUCCCAUUACAGUACGCUCCACAAGUUGGUCGAUCCGACGCCUG